UGGGCACAGGUGGGGUUGCACUGGUGGGCACAGGUGGGUGGGCACAGGUGGGUGGCACUGCUGGGCACAGGUGGGUGCACUGCUGGGCACAGGUGGGUGAUCUGCUGGGCACAGGUGGGCGGAGCUAGUGGGCGCACUGCUGGGCACAGGUGGGCGGAACUUGUGGGUGGCACUGCUGGGCACCGAUCAUCAGGGCACUGAUCAUCAGUGCCCUGAUGAUCGGUGCCGAUCCUCGCUCUGACAACUGCCGGUUCUCGGCAGUACUUUCCUCACGAUCUGACAGCGUGAGGAAAGUGCAGCCGAGAACCGGCACUUGCAU